GCCAACAUGGCUGCGCCCGCAGCGCCCCCGGCCCGCCCGGCCUGCUGCCUCCUUUUCCUCUUGCUGCUGCCGGGGCUGGCGGCUCCCGGCGGGGACUGCGGCUGCAGCGCUAACCGUGACGGCGACGGGCGGGAGGCGGCGGCGCGGCGGUACUCGGCGGCGGCAGCGGGCCUCGGAAGGAGCGCUGUGCGCAGGCCGAUGGUUCCUGUUCCAGGGGGAGUGUUCACAAUGGGCACUGAUGAGCCUGAAAUACAGCAGGAUGGGGAGUGGCCUGCUAGGAGAGUCCACCUGAGGAGCUUCUACAUGGAUCAGUAUGAGGUCAGCAAUGAAGACUUUGAGGCAUUUGUCAACUCCACUGGCUACAUCACUGAGGCAGAGAAGUUUGGUGAUUCCUUUGUGUUUGAGGGAAUGCUGAGUGAAGAGGUGAAGGCUGACAUCCACCAGGCAGUUGCUGCUGCUCCUUGGUGGCUGCCUGUGAAGGGAGCCAACUGGAAGCACCCUGAGGGCCCUGACUCUAGUAUCUCCAACAGGAUGGACCAUCCAGUUCUUCAUGUCUCCUGGAACGAUGCUGUGGCAUUCUGCACGUGGGCAGGGAAGCGACUGCCCACGGAGGCCGAGUGGGAGUACAGCUGCCGAGGGGGCCUGGAGAACAGGCUUUUCCCAUGGGGCAACAAGCUUCAGCCAAAAGGUCAACAUUAUGCCAACAUCUGGCAGGGAGUCUUCCCAACCAACAACACUGCAGAAGAUGGCUACAAAGGGACUGCACCUGUCACUGCCUUUCCUCCCAACGCCUAUGGCUUGUACAACAUUGUGGGCAAUGCCUGGGAGUGGACAUCAGACUGGUGGGCUGUCCAUCACUCCACACAGGAACUUCACAACCCUAAAGGACCUGCCUCAGGGACAGACAGAGUGAAGAAGGGAGGGUCCUACAUGUGCCACAAGGCUUACUGCUACCGGUACCGCUGCGCCGCCCGCAGCCAGAACACUCCCGACAGCUCUGCCUCCAACCUGGGCUUCCGCUGCGCAGCAGACUCCCUGCCAGGGCUACCCUGAGCA